AGUGACAGUCAUAUUUUUAUAAACAAAUACGAAGUAAUAUUACAGGGUAAAUAUUUAGUGUGUAUAUAGAAAUUAGUUUAUUUUUUGAUGUCGUAGGGCAUUCGCUGCGUGAAGCGGGAUCUCGCGCCUUGAUUGCCUGUUGGGUACAUAGCGGAUUACGUCGAAUGUGAACGUCUCAGCUGCCACGGGAUCACCGGUUACCUGGACCCUGUUCCUAUUCCUGUCCGUGUGCAACCAUUUAUGAGUUGGGCUGUGUAAUUUAUGGUUCUUUGCGGGAUGAAGAAAGAUAAGCAGUGAGGUAGAGCUUUUUCAUUGGAAGCUACAACUAGUUUGAUUCGAAUGGAAAGUUCUGGUAACUUAGCAGAAUCCCCAGCGAGCAGUUGUGUAGCAUCAUGGCAAAGCAUUUUGACACAGAAUAUUUAAUAAAACUAGUUGAGGCUAGACCUGUAAUAUGGGAUAAAACCUUGAUAACAUAUAGGGAUAGAAAUUUGAGAGCUGCAGCUUGGCGCGACAUUUGUAUCAAUUUAAAAGAAGAUUUUGAAGACAUGGAAGAAAAGGAAAGGCAAGCAUUUGUUAAAGGAGUAGUUAAUAAAUGGAAUCAAACUAGAGAUAGCUGGUUGAGAAGCUUAAAUGAUAAAAAAAGUACAAAGGACUCCAUAUCCACUGCAAAAUUUGUAAAAAGAUAUGUUUAUCACAAUCAAAUGUUAUUUCUAAAAAAAGUUGUAAACCCUGCUCUAACAAGGGAAAGUAUUAAUGAAGUUUAUUUACCAACAUUCGAUGAUACAGAAAAAGAUAAAGUUAAAGAAGAAGUUGACAAUGAAACUUUUAGUAGUAAUCAAAAUGAAGAAAUCAUAAGUGAUAGUGAUACACAAGAAAAUUUUGAAGAUUGCAUUAAAAAUACAAGGAGGUCUGAAGUACCAAUGCAAAAAUUGAACGCCAUGGAUAAAAAAAUGAUGUCUUUUAUAAAUCAUCAACUAAAAAGAAAAUCAAAUGUUGUGAAAGAGGAUCGGAAUUUGACUUUCUUUAGGAGUCUUCUUCCAUCAUUAUCCUCACUUAAUGAUGAUCAAACACUUGAAUUUCAAUCAGGUGUAAUUAUACUUUUACAAAAUAUUAAGAGAAAACGUUACUAUCGCGAAUGCUCUGUGCAAGAAACAGACAGCAAUUAGACACAUUUUAAAAGCUUUGUUUCACUAAACAAUAUACCUUAAAAUCAUCUUAAACUAUCCAUGUUGUGACUAUGUAAGUAUAUCCACUACCCCAUCUGUGACAACUGUGGGUAUCAUUAGAAAAGACAGAGGGAAACAUACCAGAAGAUGGUCAGCAACAACCUGCUUGCCAAGUGUGGCAACUACGGCAAUUUGCCCCUAUGAGAUAAUCUAUGGGGGAAGCCUAUGUUCAGCAGUGAACUUUUAACAGUCUGUAACAGUAACUGUCUCAUCUAAAAUGACUUGAUGAUUUUUUUAAUUUUUUUAUAAAAGGAAUAUUACCAAUAUAAUGAGUCGCAUGCAUACUGGUAAAGUGACCGAAUUAAAAAAAAAUGAUCUUUUGAUAAAACGUAAAAAAAUAUUUUGCAAUUAGGAUUUCGGCUGUUUAUUUGGACAUAAACAAGAUGUUAGUUGCACUUUUUUUAAAAGAUAGAAAAUGAACCACAUAUUUGAUUGAAACUUAUGCUAUUUAUUUUAUAGUAUAGUAUAGUAUAUUAUUGCUGUCAAAUUUAUUUCUGUAGUUUUAGAUUUAUCUCUACAUAGUAUAGAAAAAAGUCUUUUCCCGCCGUCUGUACGCUUAGAUCUUUUAAACUACGCCACAGAUUUUGACGCAGUUUUCAUCAAUACACAAUGAUUCAAAAGGAUGGUUUAUGUGUAUAAUACAUGCAUAGCAUAUAUUAUAAUUCUUCUGUCCAAGUGUAUGUGACUGAACUCCUCCUAAACGACUAGACCGAUUUUGAUGAAAUUUUGUGUGUGUGAUUAAGUUAAUUGGAGAAUGGUUUAGAUUCACAAUUGGUCCCUGUAGGUGGCGUUGUCGAGAUCCAGAAAUCAACCGUGCGAAGCCGGGGCGGAUUGCUAGUUCAAUACUAAAUAGCAGUUUGUCUGUUAAAAACCAUAAAGACCUUAUUAGUUUUAUGUUAGUUUAUUAUUACAUUCAAAUACUACUUGGCUGUAAUUUAAGGUUUAAGUCACAUUAUUACUAAAAAUGAUAAUACAUUUUUCUAGUUAGUAUUUUUAAUCAACAUUAAGGAACAAGUUUGAAUUAAAACUAUCAAAAAAAUAUAUUUUCAUUUUAACACUUAAAUUAAUAGAAUGUUUUUAUAUUGAACUUAACUUAUUUUAGUAGCAAAUAACUAAAUUAAAAAGGAUCUUAACUUUAAAGCAAUUAAUCAAUCAGUCUCAUGGUAUUCUAAGUAGGUAGGUUUACAAUAUAAGUUUACAAAACUAGCUCCUCUAUCCUCGCUAUCGUUUUUAAAAAUUAUUACGAGUAAUAUAAUGAAAAAAAUAGCAAUAUGUCAUUAUCUUAAACCUUUAAAAUUAACAAACGAAAAUAUAGUUUCUAUUACAAAGUAUCUGCCUAAGUAAUACCUAGUAGUAUCUAAUAUUAUCAAAAAUAUUUUCGCGUUUAAUUUAACUUUUUAAUUCUCGACGUUUCGGGUGCUUUACAGCACCAAUUUUUACGUGGUAGAGCCAUGCUGCAGCUAUAUUAAUAGUAUAGUUGUAGCACGAAUGGGUCGGCUCGACCGCGGAAGGACCACGCUCUCACAGAAUACCAGCGUAAAAUGGCAGCUUAGUGCUGCUGUGUUUCGUAUGGUGAGUGUAGAGAACCGGAGACCCAUUUUACUGGAAAAGAGGCAUUCUAUCUUAGUCCUCAAGGCUGACAACGCAUCUGCAUUUUAAUUCACAAACGAGGAUAGAUGCAGAUGUCUAUGGGCCACAGAAACCACUUACCAUCAGGUGGACUGUGUGCUCGUUUAUCACCCUAAUUCUAUAUAAAAAAAAACCAAUGGUCCCGGGGGGUGGGGGGACUGAGGUGUUUGACGUCCCAAUGUCAUAGUUAGACCGGUCAGAUCUAUACGUAGAAUGAGCUUAUAGUAUCUUGAAGUAUUGCAGUGGUAUGCUUGGAUUUAAUUUUAUUCAUUAUAGGAUCGCAAGCAGAUGGUAGCACCCAGCCAUCUUCUCUAUUGAAAUUAGGAUGUUUUUUUUUAUUUCAAUAGCCUCGCGAAUCAUCCUUGGUAGGAAUCGGUGUUCUUUUGCGAGGAUUUGUGGUCUAUCAAAUCUAAUGUAAUGGCGGGGACGAUCUUGAACAUGUUCACAAACUGCAGACUUCCCGAUACGUCGGUGCUUCACAUCUUUUUUUCUUUCUAAAGAAGGAUAAAAAACUCAGAAAGUUGUUAGUACAUCCAUUUUCUACCGACUUCAAAAAGGAGACGGUACUCAAUUCGACUGUAUGUUUUUUUAUGUGUGUUACCUCAUAACUUUUUACUGGGUGAACCGAUUUCGAUGAUUCUUUUUUUAUUUGAAAGCUGGUGCUUCACAUGUGGUCCCAUAUAAAUUGACCAAGGUCUGACCAAUAAUUUUGGAGUUAUUCUUAAUAAUUUAUAUUGAAGUCGGUUGUACAAAAUUUUUAAAAUUUAACUUCGCUCUAUAACGUACAUAUGCCGAUAGAUAAAAGUUCUCCAAUAAUUUUGCAAAUUUUUCUAUACAUUGCUAUCUAGAAAGCUUGAACUACUAACAUUUUUACCCCCGCGCCCAAGAAAGUGUCCCGAAGCGUGUUUUUUUUCAGUUUUCAAGAAAACCGUACAACGUACAUGAAAAGUGUGUAGGUACGAAAUAAUCCUUGAUUGAUAUGCUAUCAACCUUGUAUACAUACAAAAGCGAUAUCACAUAUAGUUUCCGCGCAAUCUGCCACGAAAUGUAAACAUUUUUCAUUUAUCUUUUUUUAAUUAAAGUUUUAUCAAAAGUUACCAACUUUCCCGUCAAGAUAUGUAUGAAUAAAGUAAAGAAUAGAAUAUGCUCUUU